AUGCUGAUGGAACCCACACCCUCCCAGAGGGCCAUCAUCUGCAUCCAGUAUGGGGUGGUGUCCGUCAGCAUUACCCUCUUCAACCGAGCGGUAUUCAGCGUUUACCAGUUCAAUUUCCCGGCCUUCGUAACCCUCAUCCAGAUCCUGGUCUCCAUUCUUUAUAUUUAUACACUCAAGUACUCUGGUCGCCUACGAGUGGGUGCCCUGACCAUCGAGGGUGCACGACGGGUUGCACCCCUUGCUCUGUUCUGGUGGCUCUAUGUGGUGUCUGGUGUGACGGCGCUUCGCUUCCUCAAUGUCCCGAUGUACAGUGUCUUGCGGCGGAGCACCACCCUGGUGGUGGUGGCGGGCGAGUACUUGGCCUUCCACAAGGUCCCCACUGGGUUAUCGCUGACGGGGCUGGGCCUCAUGACAGGCGGCGCUAUCGUAGCGGGGCUGUCUGAUGUCACGUUCAACCUCGCCGGCUACCUCUGGGUGGCGGUGUGCGUUUUCAGCACCGCCACCUACCUGCUCCUCAUUCGCAAGCUCAAGGACACAGGCAUGAACCAGCACACCUUACUGCUGUACAACAACGUCCUGGCCCUGCCCCUCAUGCUGGGCAUGCUGCUGCUGGGCACCGAUGAGCUGGCGGGUGUGGCCGCCUACCCCCGACUUGCCGACCCCCGCUUCCUCGUUUUCCUCCUGGUCAGCUGCUCUCAGGCCUUCCUGCUCAACGUCUGCAUCUUCCGCUGCACCCUGGUCAACUCUGCGCUGGCAACCAACGUCUCCGGGCAGGUGAAGGACAUCCUGACCACCGCCCUGGGAGCCACGCUCUUCUCCGACGUCCCCCUCCGCCCUCUCAACGCCCUGGGCCUGGCGCUGGGCCUGCUUGGCUCCACCGCCUACUCCUACAUUUCCUAUCGCGAGGCCAACCCGCGCAAGGUGGUGGUCAAGUAG